AUGGGAGGAAUAUUCGAGUCCAUUGAGUCGGGGCCGUCAGGUGCUGAGGAACUAGCCUUUAAAUUUGCUUUAAACACAAUCAACAGGAACAGAACCCUACUGCCAAACACAACGCUAACAUACGACAUCCAACGGAUAAACAUCUACGACAGCUUCGAAGCCUCCAGAAAAGCCUGCGACCAACUAUCUCUGGGGGUGGCGGCCAUCUUUGGCCCCUCCCACAGCUCGUCGGCUAAUGCGGUCCAGUCCAUCUGUAACGCGCUUGGCGUGCCCCACAUCCAGACCAAAUGGAAGCACCAGGUGUCUGACAACAGGGACUCCUUCUACGUCAGCCUCUACCCAGACUUCACCUCUCUCAGCCGGGCCAUUCUGGACCUGGUUCACUUCUUCAAGUGGAAGACGGUCACCGUUGUCUAUGAUGACAGCACAGGUCUUAUUCGGUUACAGGAGCUCAUAAAGGCUCCGUCUCGCUACAACAUCCGCUUGAAGAUCCGCCAGUUGCCAGCGGACACCAAGGACGCCAAGCCUCUCCUCAAGGAGAUGAAGAGAGGGAAGGAGUUCCACGUCAUCUUCGACUGUGGCCAUGAAAUGGUUGCCGGGAUCCUAAAACAGGCUCUUGCUAUGGGGAUGAUGACAGAGUAUUAUCACUACAUCUUCACCACACUGGACCUGUUUGCGCUGGACGUGGAGGCCUACCGUUACAGUGGGGUGAACAUGACUGGCUUUAGGAUCCUGAAUACGGAGAACAGCCAAGUGGCCUCCAUCAUAGAGAAGUGGUCCAUGGAACGCCUGCAGGCCCCGCCCAAACCUGACUCUGGCCUACUGGACGGCUUCAUGACGACGGACGCUGCGCUCAUGUACGAUGCCGUGCACGUGGUGGCCGUGGCCGUGCAGCAGUCUCAGCAGAUCACUGUCAGCUCCCUACAGUGCAACAGACACAAACCCUGGCGCUUUGGGAACAGAUUCAUGGCCCUCAUCAAAGAGGCCCACUGGGAUGGCUUGACUGGGCGGAUCACUUUCAACAGAACCAACGGCUUGAGGACAGACUUUGACCUGGAUGUGAUUAGUCUGAAGGAGGAUGGACUGGAGAAGAUUGGAACAUGGGACCCUCCUAGUGGCUUGAACAUGACAGACCACCAGAAGGGGAAGACAUCCAACGUCACAGACUCCUUAGCCAACAGAUCUCUAGUUGUCUCCACCAUACUGGUGGAGCCCUAUGUGAUGUUCAAGAAGUCGGACAAGCCCCUUUACGGUAAUGACCGCUUUGAGGGCUACUGCAUCGACCUGCUGAGGGAGCUGGCUAGCAUCCUGGGGUUCACCUACGAAUUACGUCUGGUGGAGGAUGGCCGCUACGGGGCCCAGGACGAGACCACGGGCCAGUGGAAUGGCAUGGUCAAGGAGCUGAUCGACCACAAAGCUGAUCUGGCAGUGGCUCCCCUGGCCAUCACCUAUGUGAGGGAGAAGGUCAUCGACUUCUCCAAGCCCUUCAUGACGCUGGGGAUAAGUAUCCUCUACCGCAAACCCAACGGAACCAACCCUGGGGUCUUCUCCUUCCUUAACCCCCUCUCACCCGAUAUCUGGAUGUAUAUUCUGCUGGCUUACUUGGGUGUCAGUUGUGUGCUGUUUGUCAUAGCCAGGUUUAGUCCCUACGAGUGGUAUAACCCCCACCCCUGCAACCCCGACUCGGAUGUAGUGGAAAACAAUUUCACCCUGCUAAAUAGUUUCUGGUUCGGAGUUGGAGCUCUCAUGCAGCAAGGCUCUGAGUUAAUGCCCAAAGCCCUGUCCACCAGGAUCGUAGGAGGCAUCUGGUGGUUCUUCACCCUGAUAAUCAUCUCUUCCUACACGGCCAACCUGGCUGCCUUCCUCACCGUGGAGAGGAUGGAGUCGCCCAUCGACUCGGCUGACGACCUGGCCAAGCAGACCAGAAUAGAGUAUGGAGUGGUGGAGGACGGAUCCACUAUGACCUUCUUCAAGAAAACCAAGAUCUCCACAUACGACAAGAUGUGGGAGUUUAUGAGCAGUCGGAAGCACUCUGUGAUGGUGAAAGAUAUUGACGAAGGGAUCCACCGAGUCCUCACCUCGGACUACGCCUUCCUCAUGGAGUCCACUACCAUCGAGUUUGUCACCCAGCGCAACUGCAACCUUACCCAGAUAGGGGGUCUCAUCGACUCCAAAGCCUACGGCGUGGGAACCCCCAUGGGCUCUCCGUACAGAGACAAGAUCACCAUAGCGAUCCUGCAGCUGCAGGAAGAAGGGAAACUGCACAUGAUGAAGGAGAAGUGGUGGAGGGGGAACGGUUGUCCGGAGGAUGAGAAGAAUAAGGAGGCCAGCGCUCUGGGGGUCCAGAACAUCGGUGGCAUCUUUAUCGUCCUGGCGGCUGGACUCGUCCUGUCCGUGUUCGUGGCAGUCGGAGAGUUCAUCUAUAAGUCCAAACAAAAUGCACAACUGGAAAAGAGGUCCUUCUGCAGUGCCAUGGUGGACGAGUUACGGGUGUCCCUCAAGUGCCAGCGGCGCCUCAAACACAAGCCCCAGCCGCCCGUCAUGGUCAAGACAGAAGAGGUCAUCAACAUGCACACCUUCAAUGACCGCAGACUGCCAGGCAAAGAGACCAUGGCCUAGAACAGGGCUCCAUCUCUCUCUAUCCCUCUAACUCUUUCUCUCUCUUUAUAUCUCUCUCUCUGCUGGAACUGGGAGGCGUGUAGGGUGCAGAGACACUGGGGGAGGGAGAAAGGGUGAUAGUUGAUUUAUGUGAGUGUAUUUGGGGGGGUAAGAUAGAUGGGAGAUGAGAAGAAAAGAGAAGAGAAGAAGAGAGAAGAAGAGAGAAGAAGAGAAGAGAA